AUGUCCUUCCCCUACAAACACGUUCUCCUUAUCGGCGCCACGGCAGGCAUCGGCCGUGCCAUGGCCGACCGAUUCAUCGAGACGGGCAUCAAAGUCACAGCCGUUGGUCGUCGCCAAGACCGACUCGACGAUUUUGUCCAGAAAUAUGGCAAAGACAAGGCCAGCGGGGUCGUAUUUGAUAUCUCGGAUACCUCCAAGACAACGGCUUUUGUUGAUAGUGUGAUGCAAUCGCAUCCUGAUAUUGACUGCUUAUUCCUCAACGCGGGUACACAGAGUGUUUACGACUUGAGCGAUCCAGCUAGCUUUGACCUGGAACGGUUUCAGAGCGAGGUUCACGUCAAUUACAUUAGCCUUGUUGCACUUACGUAUGCAUUUGUCCCGAUCUUCAAGAAGAGAGAGACACCGACGAGCAUCAUUUUUACGGGCUCCAACAUUGCCAUCGUCCCUGCUGCAACGCUACCCGCGUACUGUGGAUCCAAAGCUGCCUUGAACGUCUUCACGCUCUGCCUUCGGGAGAGUCUACGAAACACAAACAUAAAAGUCAUUGAGAUCUCUCCCCCUCCUGUGCAAACUGAGCUGCACGAUUACAUGGGCGAACAUGGCAAAAGCUUCGGUAUGCCCGUGAAUCAGUUUACGGAUGAGGCGCAUAAGGGUCUUCUCCAGGGAAGAGACCAGAUCAUUAUCGGUGCAGUUGGACCUGCGGAGACCUUCAACGAGAUUGUUGACAAGCGACGGGCGGCGUUUGAGAAUUUGGCCAAGAUGAUGCGGUCAGCCCAUUAA